CAGGACGAGAUGCUCGUAACUGGUGUCCAGCACUGUCCAGUUGACGGCGAAACUGACUAAGAAAAGAAAGUUAUGGCUACAGCUUCAACUUCUUGCCCACAUCCUAGUUUACGCAGAAAUUACUUCGUUUCUUCUCCAAGAUCUCCUUUCUGUAGUUUCUCCUACCAAUCAAGCUUCGUCGGCUCCAAAAUCCCCAAGAAAUGGCUCUCGUUGACCGACAAAGCUCGAUCCAAUCGAACUGAUCCGUUGACUUGCUCGCGUCCGAACCUGACAUGCUCGUCAUCUUCCCACACUUCCGAUGUCGUAAUUAUCGGUGCCGGAGUAAUCGGGUUGACAAUCGCCCGGCAGUUCCUCCUCGGGUCGGACCUGUCGGUCGCCGUCGUCGACAAGGCAGUCCCUUGCUCCGGCGCCACCGGUGCUGGGCAGGGUUACUUAUGGAUGGCGCACAAGACCCCUGGUAGUGAUAUAUGGGAAUUAGCAAUGAGAAGCCACGAGCUAUGGCGGAUGUUUGCCGAGAGUCUCCAUGAACAAGGCAUGAAUCCUCAAGACCAUUUGGGUUGGAAGAACACAGGCAGCUUGUUAAUUGGUAGAACUCCGGAAGAGUUGGAUGUUUUGAAAAGGCGGGUGAAGCUGCUUAGUGAUGCUGGGUUGAGAUCAGAGUACCUGUCUGCCAGUGACUUGCUUCUGAAGGAACCGGCUCUCAUGGUUGAAAAAGAUAGUGGGGCUGCUUUUGUGCCUGAUGACUGCCAAUUGGAUGCUCGACGAGCUAUCGAUGUUAUUUUGAAGGCGAACAGGAAUUUUUCGACGCAAGGCAGAUACACCGAGUUCUUUCAUGAUCCAGUUACAAGUUUAUUAAGAUCUGGUGGCAGCGAUGAGGUCGUAGGUGUUAAGACUGUAAAGAAUACAUUACACGGAAAGGUCAUUGUUGUAGCAGCUGGUUGUUGGAGUGGCUCUUUGACACAGGACCUGUUUAGAGAAUUAGACAUUGUAUUAAAUGUCCCUGUAAAACCUCGAAAGGGUCACCUGCUAGUGCUUAAGAACUUCAGCUACCUUCAACUAAAUCAUGCUCUGAUGGAAGUCGGAUAUGUUGCUCACCAAACUGCAACUCAACUUCCUGGGAGAUUGACUUCCGAAGUAUCUGAUCAUAGACAAAACUUGUCUAUUUCGAUGACUGCCACCAUCGAUACCUUGGGAAACCUUCUCCUUGGGAGUAGCCGAGAGUUUGCUGGUUUUAGCACUGAGAUGGAAGAAUCUGUCACUAAUCGUAUAUGGGAGCGAGCUACGGAUUUCUUUCCCAAAUUGAAAGAACACUCCCUCUCUGAUUUCAUUAAGAGAAGAGAAGUGAGAGUAGGACUACGGCCUUGCAUGCCUGAUGGGAAGCCAGUAAUUGGGCCCGUGACAGGUUUGUCAAAUGUGUUGCUAGCAACUGGACAUGAAGGCGGCGGGCUUUCGAUGGCUCUGGGGACUGCUGAAAUGAUUGCUGAUAUGGUGUUGGGCAAUCAGGAGAAAGUGGAUUAUGCACCAUUCGCUGUUCAAGGCCGAUGUUGUCAAUAAAACAUUUUCUGAACAGCAGAAGUAGUAUGCAUCGGUUUUCCUGAGCAUUUCAAUAGCAUUUCAAUGUUGGCAAGUAUAUGGAUGUGUUCCUGUGAAAUCUUAAGGUUGUGCGGCCAGAGAACUCAGUCUCUAUAAGUUUUGUUUCGAAAUGUAACCACAGGUGAAAAUUAACAAUAAACAAUCACAAUGUGGUGGAUGUUAUUCGCAAAGAAUUAUUGAUGCUUGCAUUUAUGCUAUGGCUGGAUGCUUGAAAUGUCUAGAUCCAAUCUCCUGGUCCCUGCAGAAUUGGAAGGGAGGGUAUUUUUUUUUCUUCUGCCUCCUCGCCUAUUGAUUGGACACUUUCUACGGCAUAUGAGAAAGAAUGAAAGAAAAUGCUCGAUUGGUACGAUCCCAAAAGAGGGGUGAUAAUUAAUUUUACAUGGCCUGAAAAUUCUAGCUUUCUCUUGUUUACGGUUAUUUCUUGGCCAUGGAUAUAUUGAAUUUUACUUGAUGAAUUAUUUAGCUGAAGACACUCAAAGUUUUAACCUGCGUUUUGCGUUUAGUUAAACAGAGAG